ACGCAGGAUAGGAAUGAGGGAGUGAAUGUUCCGGGUCAGAAACUGGACGGGAGAGGAAAUAAACUCCAGGACAAAACGGAAAAAAGAAACAACAUCCUCACAGAAUGUCGCUCUCUGCUACACAGAGAUGUAAGCUGCUGUUUUUACACAGAAAGUGAUUUUUUUAAAGCAUUGGAGCUCCAGGAGAAGGAAACACAGGUGCCAAACUACGAACUAACAAAGUGAGCCAAGCACAGAGCUGGAGCUCCGGAUAGUGGCGACCAGCUAGCUCAUUUACCGCCGGAGUUUCGGUGUUUAUUCUCGUUUGUUUAUCGCACGGAUACGGGAUUUGAUCCCCUUCUCCUUCCCCCUCCGCGAUGUUUCACUGCAUCCCCCUGUGGCGGUGCAACCGUCACGUCGAGAUGAUCGAUAAACGCCACUGCUCUCUGGUUUAUGUUCCCGACGAGAUUUAUCGCUACGCUCGGAGUUUGGAGGAGCUGCUGCUGGACGCCAACCAACUCCGAGACUUACCCAAGCCUUUGUUUCAGCUGCUGAAACUUCGGAAACUAACCCUGAGUGACAAUGAGAUCCUCCGAAUUCCAGCAGAGAUUGGCAACUUUAUGGAGCUGAUGGAGUUGGAUCUUUCACGAAAUGAUAUUCAAGACAUUCCAGAGAGCAUUUCCUACUGCAAAGCCCUCCAAGUUGCAGAUUUCAGCGGAAAUCCAUUAAUGAGGCUACCUGAAAGCUUUACCCUACUUAAAAAUCUAACAUGCCUGUCCAUCAAUGAUGUUUCACUGCAGGCUCUUCCUGAAGACAUUGGAAGACUGUCUAAUUUGGUAUCACUAGAGCUCAGAGAAAAUGUCCUGACGAUGCUGCCAGAGUCAUUAUCUCAACUUCAUAAACUUGAAGAACUUGACCUCGGCAAUAAUGAACUCUACAGUUUGCCUGAAUCAAUUGGCUGUCUUAUUAGCCUGCGGGACUUAUGGCUGGAUGGAAACCACUUAACUGAAAUACCUGCUGAGCUGUGCAAUAUUAAGACCUUGUUAUAUCUGGAUGUAUCUGAAAACAAGCUGGAGUUUCUACCGGAGCAGCUGGGAGGACUGGUGUCACUCACUGAUUUGCUGGUGUCACAGAACAAUCUGGAGUAUAUUCCAGAAAGUGUCGGAAAACUAAGGAAGCUUUCUAUCCUGAAAGCUGACCAGAACAGGAUAGCGUCUCUUCCAGAAUCCAUUGGUAACUGUGAAAGUCUGACAGAGCUUGUUCUCACUGAGAACCAAAUACAGAUUUUGCCUGCUAGUAUUGGAAAUUUAAAGAAACUCUCCAACUUAAACUGUGACAGAAACAAGCUAACAAUGUUACCAAAGCAGAUUGGAGGCUGCUGCGGUCUCAACGUCUUCUGUGUGCGAGACAACAACCUGAAGAGGAUACCAGCAGAGCUGUCACAAGCUAGUGAGCUGCAUGUGUUGGAUGUCUCUGGAAACCGCCUGUCAUACCUGCCGAUGUCUCUGACCACGCUACAUCUGAAGGCCCUUUGGCUGUCGGAAAACCAGUCGAAGCCGCUUCUCACCUUUCAGCCAGACGAAGAUCCUGAAUCAGGAGAGAAGGUGCUCACCUGCGUCCUGCUGCCUCAGCAACCCAGUGAAUCAGGCUCUGACAAUCUGGCCCGCUUUGGAGGUCUGGAGAGCCUGGUGAACGGGAUGGCUGAUGAGGUCUGGGAUGGCAAAGACAUGAACAGGAUCAGCUCCAUUCACUUCAUGGAUGAGGGCGAGGAGGAUGACGAUGAUGAAAAGGGAACACUACUACGGAGAGCCACGCCUCACCCCGGCGAGCUAAAAACCAUGAAGAAAACCGCAGAGAGCGUCCGCAACGCCCUGGACUCCAACAAAAAUGAGGUCAAUAACGCUGCAGAUGGAGUGACUACGUCCGUCUGACCUUUACCUCAGAAGUGUUUUUUUUUUUUCUCCUUCUGUGUCCUGCCAUAUCGCCCUGCGCAACCCUGCAGUCCUGUGUUGUUGUUGCCUUUUUUUUUUUUUCUUUUUACCUACAAAUCCCAGUUUGGCCUACCUGUCGUCUGGUCAUACAACCUGAAAGCUGGCUCCAUCUCCAGUCCUGUGUGGGGAAAAAAAUGAAACUGUCUACCAGGGCCGCCGUGCCUUCCUCUUUUUAACAAACACCCGCAGCAAAAACCUGCACAGAGAUGCUCCUUUUUUUGACUGUAUAUUUUAAAAAUGCAUUACUUUUUAAAAAAGUGAUCUUUAAGAAUUCAUUAGGUAGUUGCACUACAAACCUAUUAAAUGUAUUGUGUUUGUUUUAUUUUAUUUUUUAAAACACUGGGUCUUUCUACAUUUUGGGACAGAGAAUAGGAGCCGGGUUUUCGAACCUACUGAUUUAAAGAUUAUUGUAAAUCUAUUGUGAAUAUUGAUACUUUUAUACUUUUUGGCAGCUCAGAUGUAAAUAAAAAUGUAUAGCAAGUCUCUUCUUAAUCGGUUUAAGCUUCACUUUAACUUGGUACAUGGAUCUCUAUUUUUCUAAAAUCAAGGUAAUGAACAAAACAGUCAGCAAUGUCUUUUUUUAUUUCCUCGGUCUGGGGAAUCUUUUUUUUAGAAUAUUCAACUCUGCAUUCAAUUACUGCACAUCAAAUUUACAUUGCAAUUUGCAUUGUGAUUACUCUGUCAGGAUCCUGUUCUAUUCAAUAACGCUGUACCUUACUGCUUUGCAUUACUUUUCCUUAUAGAUGCCAAACGGACAUAUUUUUAUCUUUUUAAGGGUUGCUUUAUUUUAAAGAGAACUGUGUAGAUCAACUAUCAGAGCUUUGGGGGGAUUGAGGGUUUUUUAUGAUGAUUACUCUAAAAUUGACAUUGUUCCUCUCAGAUGCACUUCUCAUUGAUACUCCACUUUUGUUUUAUAAUGGUACCUGAUAAACUGUGUUAAUUUGCUGUUAGAUCGAUUUGCAGAAAGUGGACCAGAGCAAAUGGUUCAAGUGUUCUUUUUUUUGUGUGCUAUUAUUCUCCGAUAAAGCUGCACAGUAAAGAUCUCAGACUGGCUGUAAACCUUGAGAUUUGCUGACCUUUUUAACCACUGAUCAAUAAAAGUGAGUGCAACACUAAA